UUGUCUAUUGGGAAUGGGAAUGUCUUUAGGAGCUUUGUUAUUAGAUUCAAUAAAAUAUUAGAUCAGACUCUUCGGAGACGUCAGUUACUUUGUUUAUUAACGGGAUUUUAGUUGCCAUUUUAUUUCUAUACAUUUCUCAUGUAUGAUAUUAUUUAUCUUGAUCCUUACAUAAUUGAAAAUUUAAGAGAGCUGAUCCUUUUAAUUGAAAAUUUUACAUGGACUAGUUUAGGUUACCUAUUCCACUCUUCCAACUUAAAAAUUUGCUGUCAUGCCUUCAUCAAACCUCUCAAUCGCUGUGGUUUGCUCGAGCAAUAUGAACAGGAGCAUGGAGGCUCACGCUUUCCUGAGUAAAAAGGGCUUCCAAGUGCGGUCGUUUGGGACAGGAGACAAAGUGAAGCUGCCGGGGACAGCUCCGGACCGACCAAACGUCUACGACUUCAGCUGUUCGUACGAGGAGAUCUAUCAAGACCUUCACAACAAAGACAAAUCUUUUUAUACCCAGAAUGGUCUUCUACACAUGUUGGAUCGCAAUAAGCGUAUCAAAGUGCGGCCAGAGAGGUUCCAACAAUGUAAGGACAGGUUCGACAUCAUCGUUACCUGCGAGGAAAGAGUCUACGAUCAAGUCGUCGAGUACAUAACGAACAAAAUGCCAACGGAGAACGCGUCUGUACAUGUCAUCAACAUCGACAUCCAAGAUAACCACGAGGAAGCAACGAUAGGAGCAUUCCUUAUCUGUGAAAUGGUUACCCAUAUGGCCAAGAGCGAUGACCUGGAUAAUGACAUUGAUGAGAUGCUCCAAAGAUACGAGAACAAGUGCCAGAGACAACUUCUGCAUUGUGUGCUCUUCUACUGAACUGUACUCCCUUUAUACACAAUAUUAUAUGUAUCAUAUUUUUUCGACAUUUUUUAAAAGUGCUUAUAUAAUAUGAUUGUUGUGUUUAAAAAUAUAAUUUUAUCUAGCUCUUAAGUUAGAAACAUCAGUUAUAAAAUAUUUUUGGUCAGGUUAGAAUGAAUUAUUUUGUUUAUCUAUAUCUGUGUAUAUAUGUAGCAUUCGGUUGUUGGGGGGUUUAUGUAUUUUUCUCAAUCAUAGAGUAAUUAAUACAGAUUUGAUACAAUUAAAUUAAUUAUAUUACAGUUGUUUGUGAUCAUUACAGUUUACGAAAGAACAUGUAUUUUGAGGGGAAUAUCUGUUUUGGAAUGUACUGAAUUGCGCAAGAUGGAUCUAAUAUCAUCGCUGUCUAAGUUUGUGUGUGCAGGUGCGUGUGUGGUGACUGCUAGAGCAAAAUGAAUAGUCCAGUUUUAAAUGUAAUUUAUGACAAUUGUUUUCUAUUUUGAGAUUUUAAAUAAUUUGCUACUAAACGUUACACUUGUGGCGGUCGGCAGCUACAAAAUACCUGAGUAAAUUACAAAGCACUUUUUGACAUGCUUUUGAUCGUUACAAGGGAAACUCGACAUUGGCAUUGGAAAUAUAAUUCCAGAAAUGCUUGUACACAUGCACAGCCUAUGAGAUUGUGCAAAGCCACAGGUAACUGCUAGUACAUAAGAAUAUGUGUGAUUAAUCGUGUUUUUGAAAGAAUUUUUGGGACCCAUCAAACUCAAAACUUGUUACUAAUUUUCUUAACAAGUUCAUCAGUGAUAACAGACAUCCUAGUACUUCUUUCUUUAUAAUGGACAUUUGUUUUCCCACCUUUAAAUGAGAAAAUCCAUUCAUGAAAUACUUCUUUAUCCACAUUUACAAAGUUCUCUGUGAAGAAUCUACAGAUAGCACGCACUUCACACUUGACAGGAUUUGCAACAGUAGAUUAUAUUUUUAUUAACAACAGAAAAAGCUGGUGUUCAAAUGACCUUUACUAUACCACGAUUCAAAACUUGACCUGAUGUGUAUGUUUGUGCAAGACUCGUGGUGUCGUGGUGCUACCCCCUCUACUUCCCACACAGCGAGCAAAUGGACGUUUUUUUCUAAUUUGUCUUUGUAGUUUAUUUAUUCCCAUGAGGCCAAACUCUUCAUAAAGGUUGUGUAUUCCUAAAAAUGUUUCAAAGGUGGCACAAUGGGGGGUUACUAGACGAAACUCAAUACAGGAAUAGUAAAAUACUUUCAGAAUAUUUUGCAUUGCACAAGACAUGGGAGAAAGUUUGUAAUUGUCAGAUGGUACCGUUUAUGUAAUUUUAUUUGAUUUAAAAUAGCUUAAUUUUACUUGUAUAGUUAAAUAAACUCUUCUAUUUAGCUCUGUUAUUUAUUACUUGUUUCUAAUGAAAUCAAACUGUUUGCUUAUUAUUGACAAUAUUAUUUUUUUAUGUAUUUUAAAUCCUAGAUAAGUUUACAAUGUAAGAACAAUGUCAGUUAUCAGUCACAGAAUUCCUCAACUUAUCUGUGAUUCAUUAUUGUACUAAUAAAUAUGACAUGGAGUAUGA